GACUUCAAACUUCAUUCUACUUCAGGAAUCUUUCCAUUGAUAAAUCGUCUCGAACUAUGUAUUUACAUUCAAUCUAUGUUCAAUGGGCCAACUCAUGGAUUGAAACACUCAAGGCCGGUGUUGUUGAUUUAGCGAUAAAUCGACUCUAACAGAAACGGUUCGAAAACAGGAGUUUUCCUUCCCCCUAGUUCUUGGCGUAUAAUGAUCCCGGCUUGGCGGAAGUUCAAAAAUUUGACCAGAUUACGACACAUUCCUAACUAGUCGAUUAGACCACGCAAAUAUUGAUAUAAGGGCUUCAUCAUGUCUGUUAGAGAGGUGUGGAGACGUGGGGAUGCGCAGGUCGGAGUGGAGACUUCUCUACAGCGUUACAGAUGAAGUGGUGAAUUCAGAGUUUGAGAGACUUUCGAAAGAAUAGAUCAGAGAAAUUUUUUGCAGUAAAACUUUUUUCAUGGCAACGCUGUCUAUAAAAGCCUUCACGACAUCCUGACAAUUUCAGCAAACUAUCAGUUUAGUCUUCUUCGCUCUCCUUUUUCUUAACUUGUACGCUAUGAUUUACUCCGGCCUUCUCAGUAAAGUUGUUGCGGCAGCAUAUGUCUUUCAGAUAUCUAUUGCACAUCCUGGUCAAACCAUGCAAGAUCUGUAAGGUGAGAUUAUUGCCUAAUAUCUUCUUUGAUGAUAUGAGGGUGCCUUAAGAUCGUAGCCACUGUGCGGAUAUCCUUCAAAAGCGUGGUUCUGAGGACAGAAACAGUGAGCGUAUUGCGGCCACUGUGGCCAAAGUUCGCGCUGACCUUGGACUCCCAAAGAAGAGAGUACCCAUCAAAACUAGAGCCACAAGUCCUGUUAGCAUCUCGCAUCUCGCAUCUCUCUGGCCUCAAUGUCACACCUACUACGCCCAACAUGGAAGAGAUGAUUUAUUGCAAUUCUUCCUGUAUUUUGUCACUUGAAGGAGAGACAGGCCCUUUCUACGUAUCAGGAGAGCAUAUCCGUAGCAAUCUUCGCGAAACUCAGGCUGGCGUUCCUCUUGUUAUAGACGGCCAAUUUCUUGAUAGCACUGCAUGCGAGCCAAUACAAGAUCUUUACUGGGAUAUUUGGAACUGCAAUUCUACCGGCAUUUAUGGCGGUAUUCCAGCCAGCCCUAUAAAUGAUAACGUCGGUUUACCUCUCUCUUCCCUGUACAUUAUGCGGGUAAAACAAAUUAUAUGCAUGUCGCUGCACAUAUUGGAGGUACCGUGUUAUCGAAUGGAACAUACACUAGCGGCAAAGUCUCCCAUAUGGGACAGGUGUUUUUCGAUCAGAGCUUGAUUACCAAGGUGGAAGCUUUGUCUCCUUUUAAUAUCAACACACAAAGGUUGGCCACAAAUGCCGCCGACAGAGUUGUGGCUGCUGAAAUAUGUAUCUUUUUCGCAUGUCUUCCUUGUACUAGUCAUUUUCUCGUGUGAUGAGUUUUUGUGACAGAAGUAUUAUGCUAAUUCAGUCCCUUAGAUCGCUGGUGGCUCGGCCCCAUUCUUCAACUAUGUCUUGCUUGGUGACACAGUAUCUGAUGGGAUUUUCGCUUAGAUCGCCUUUAGUGUAAAUCAUAGUGUAACCUACACAGCUAGUGCUGCUGCAAGACUCACUGCUAAUGGUGGUGCUCCCAUUGCUGGAGGAGGUCGCCCACCUACUGCACAAUCAGACAAGAAUGUAUCUCAUUGAGAUAUUAAAGAACCAUUCAAUUCUGAACCCUCUUUACUCAUUGUUUUAAUGCUAGUAGCUAUUUGGGACCCUCUCUUGGUGAUUUAUUUCGAGUUCUAUUGAUGGAUUCAUUUCAGUCAGAGGCAACCUCAGAAGAGGAAAGCGGCGUGUUUGAAUGAUAAGCCCAGAUUGGUGUUCUUAUGGUGGACUGAAAUGGAAUGCAUAUAAAUUUCUCACAGUGUUUUGUUAUGUUAUAAACUAC